AUGUCACGGCGUGCUGAGGCCCUGGGGGCACUCAAUCCACAGCAGCAACAACAAAUUAUCCAUGACGAGCACCCACGUAUGAUCGGAGUGCAGAAUGAGCUGCUGGAAACGAGUGUUAGCGAACAACUCAGCCCUCUUGCAGGAUUCCUCGUGCGAACACUCAACCGUUGUGGUCCUCUCACGCUGAAAGCUCUCGCUGAAGCUGUCAGGCAGGAACCCUUCGGAAACCCCUUGAGGAGUAGCAAAGGUGGCGGCGCAAGUGUUAGCGGCGGCAGCGUCAAUGAGGCGGUGAAGCAGGUAAGCAGCCCGAUUCCGCUUCCCGUGACCGCACCAAGUGAUAUUGUAACCGAUGCAGCUAUCAAAGAGAUCAUGACACGGUUGCUGUUGCACCGCGUUGUGCAACAUGACCCGUCUUCCAGUACUUAUAGCGUGGCACUGGGAUACGGAUUAUUUCUGCGCACCCUCUUCCCUGUUGUUGUGCAGUUUUUUCAACGCAACUUCGGAGAGACGGGUGUGACAAUUUUAAUGGUGUUUUAUCAGCUUGCCGUUGUACCAUGGGAAGCAGCUCUGCGACUGGCAACCGAGCGUCGGCCGGCGCUUGGCGAGGCACUUCGUCAUUGUGCACGGGAGAUGGAAAAACUGGGUCUUAUUGAAUUUCUUCCAGAUAAAUUGCCGGGACAAGCUGCAACGGCAUCCCCAUCUAAUGCCGGCUCGGGGACGCGUGUAGAGGGGCCUGGGGAAACGGUUGCAGCGGACGCUUGUCUGCAGGAACUUUGCCGGUUACACGUUCCUAACAUUCUCUUUGAGAUGCUCCGUGACGCCAUCCAUCGCCACCUUCUUGCCGAGCGGUUCGCCGAUGGCAGCGGGUCAAACGGUGGUGGCAGUGUGGCCUCAGCCAUUGUUGAAGCCUUUACCGCUUCUGCGCGCUGCCGUCGGUUUAGUGAACGCGUGUCCGGCUUUCCAGCGGCUCGUCCCCCAAGUAGCGCAUCAAUGCCGCUUCGUGCACUUUUGCGUGAGGUACCACACCCCGAGCCCACUGUGACGGAGGUAUUAAACCGUAUGUGCCGCGCAGAGGGCGAUAACAUAAUGAGCUGUGGUGGCGGUGCAGGUGUAGAUGCACUGGAAGGACCGUACCGCUUUCGGUAUGAUGCGGCUGUGGAGGCCAUGCAACGGGACUGUUGUGAGCGGAUGGUGUUCGCGCGCCACGGUGUGCUUGGUGUGCGGUUGAUCAAGUUGCUUCUUCAGCACCACCACAUGGAGGAUCGUAUGUUAGCUGAGGAGGCCAUAGCGACACUCCCCCGCACGCGAGAGGUGCUUCAUGCGAUGAUGCGUGACGGGUAUGUGCGUCAGCAGGAGGUACCUAAGACAAGUACAUUGACUGACCGGCUUCCAAAGAACUCUAUUUUCCUUUGGGGAUGUAACAUGGAGAGUGACCUCCUGCCCACUGUACGGCUGCAAGUGGCAAUGGCAUUACGACUAACGAUAACACGGCUCGCGAUGGAACGAAAUAAUGGUGUGGGUCCCGGCACAGCAAUGCCAACUCCAAUGAACAUCGUGGCGUCUGCUACCGCUACCAUAAACGGUGAUGUUCAUCCAACCGGUGGUUCUUAUGAAAGCAAACACGCAGUUGCGGCCCUGGAGAGCAGUGCAACGGCGUUGAUGGACAUGAUGCUAGUUUUGGACUUUUACUAA